AUGGGAGUAGGCGAACUGAUCAUGGGCGGGACAGUGGCGAGAGGAGAUGAGCCUGCGGAGAGAAGGAAAGUAGGACAGCAGAAGCAUCACACUAUGGAAUGGCCACUAGUUGCUGCAAGCCCGGCAGUGGCUGUCGGUGUAGAUGAACGAAUGGGCGCGGCUGGGUCGAACACAGCAUGCAUGAACGGAGCGAUUUGCUGCUCGGACAACGCGGACAGGUUUGUUUCUAAGUUCGGGGAGAAGUGGAAGAGCCCCAAACCUGCAGGGUUCGAGGAAUGGACGGAGUCGAUCCAGCAGAAUAGGAGGGGAGCGGCUCCUGUGCGCGGAAGGGACCCUGGUGCAAAUCAGCCUCCCGCCAUGCAACGUCACGUCCUCUACACGACCGCCGGCUCACACUCGCCCUCCUCCAGGGGAGCCGACGGCCGCAAAGUUUACGACACUCUCUCAACGCCCCCUCCCAAGCUCUUGAGUCCUCCUUCAACCCCGAAGUGGGAGCAGCCUUCAAGUGCGCACGAGAGGAGUUUUUCAAACCCGCUGCUCACUCCUGUUGAUGACAUCCUCGGUGCCAUGAAGGGGGUGGCCACGAUGCGUACCCCUCCUUCCGAACGCUCGUUCAAGCAAGAGACUCAGACUGAGAGCUUGAGCAGGGUAUCUACGCCUGCAGGAAGCACAGGUAGGCAGCAGGAGAAAGUACAACUGAAUGUACCUUCGCCCCCUGCUACCUUCACGGUGGCGGCAAGCCCUGGAACCCCGUCACGCGGGAGGCAAGUAUACGAGAGCCUAACACAGAAGGUAGACGAGAGCAUCAAGGCUGCUCCUGUGCAGAGCUCGACGACACCCAAGUCCACGCCUGCGGUCAGCGCAAGGUUCUACUGGGGCAACGAUUCUGCUGGGACAACAGUAGGGAGCUUGAAUGGGCCGAGCAGGGUGAGCAAAGUCUUCAGCUCCGAGAAGAGGGAGAGCGUAGAGAAGCUGCUGAAGAUGGGGAAGAGCGACCAGGCUGUGAAGAACCACUACACGAUCAUCGAUGCUGAGCUGACAUUGGAGGACAUCGCUCAAAUUCGAAGGGAGUGGGAGAAGGAGCAGCAAUCCCUCCAGCCCGGGGAGGACGAGAACGGUUGGCUGCAUACGAGAAGGACCCCUUCUUCUCCUCGGCCCGAAGAGAAAUCUCCAGGAAGGUUGCUAGGAGGCGAGUGGGAAACGAAUGGCACCAUGGAGUUGGAGCGGGAGGAGAAGGAGAUGGCGAUGAAGAGGCUAAGAACCCUCUUGGCCAGUCAGUCGUAG